AUGGAUGUCAUCUGUCGAUGUGCCUUCGGAAUGGAUACGGAUAUGCAAAAUGAUAUUGACAAUGCCUUCUUGCGUAAAUCCCAAUUGACUGUCGAUCAAAAUCCUGAACAGUUGUUCCUGAUCAAAUUAGGCAAUUUGAUGCCAUUUUUGAUUCCCGUUCUCACCUAUAUUAUAACUGGUCAAGCAUUGCUCUUACAUCUCUUUCGAAAAGUGGCACCUACAUGGUUUUCACCUCAGAUCGAAGAACUUGCACGAUUUUGGAUAUUGAAACGAGUUGAAAGUGUUAUUAAUACACGAAUGUCAUCGAAAUCAAACGAAAGACAAAAUCGAGUUGAUUUACUUCAGCUCAUGAUCGAUGCAUCGACGCAUGACGAUAUCAAAGAUGAUGUAAACGACGAGUCGAUGGAAUCGAAAAAGUUGCAUUAUGAUGAAGUAGUCACCACCAGGAGUGAUAUUCAAGAUAAACUUCGAGCGGAAAUUGAUGAACAAGAAUGGAAUGAUGAAAAUCAACUCGACUAUGAUCUUGUGAUGAACAUGAUGUACAUGGAUUUGGUUGUCCGAGAAGUUCUGCGCAUGUAUCCAAUCAUAAUAACGUCCAUAAGCAGAGAAUGCAAUACAUCGACCACUGUUUGCGGAUAUCAGAUUGAAAAAGGCAGUAUCAUUCAACCGGAUAUUCUCGCUGUUCACUAUGAUCCUGAUUUAUGGGGACCAGAAGAUCCAAAUCUUUUCUUACCGGAACGUCAUCAUGUGAAACGACAUCCAAUGGCUUACAUGCCGUUCUGUAUCGGCCCUCGAAACUGUGUCGGAAUGCGUUUCGCAUUGAUGGAAUUGAAAAUGUGUUUAACUCAAUUACUUCGUCACUAUACAAUAUUGCCCGGUGAAAAUAUCGAAGAAGGAUUCAAACAUCGCGAAACACUUGCUAUUCAACCCGAUGCCAUUUAUGUCAAACUCGAAAAACGAUAA